ACACCACAUAAAUAGAACAGAAAACAAAUUGAUGCAUCCCCUUUCAAAUUGGAUUAUCCAAACCAAACCCUAGAAGCCUCUCACCAGAAUGUCAUCCGACGCCGGAAUCCUCUCGCGCGUCUCCUCCUCCGUCUCGGAGUCUCCUAUCGUCUACAAAGGCAAGAAGGCGGCCUCCGACACCGCCUUUGUCGCCUCCAAACUCCUCAAGAGCACCGGAAAAGCCGCUUGGAUCGUCGGCACCACCUUCCUCGUCCUCGUCGUCCCCCUCAUUAUUGAAAUGGACCGUGAGGCUCAGUUCAACGAGCUCGAGCUGCAGCAGGCUAGCUUGCUUGGUUCCCCUAAUUAACCAUUGAUGGAUAGUUGCUGCUAAUGAAAUUAUGCACCACCUUAACCUCAACUUCAUCUGCAAGUUUGCAACAACAAUACAGAACACACGAUAUGAGCGGCGUGCGAUUGGGGUUAUGCAAACCAAUUGAAAAAGAUAUUUUGAUAAGAGCGGCUAUUCUAUAUUUCCUUCGUUCAUAAUUAAUAGUAGUUAUGUUUUUAUAAUUUUCGUCUAUUUAUAAAAGUUAUUGCCUUUUAUAUUUGGUAAAUUUUCUACUAUCUAUAAUGAGGUUGGCUUUAUCUUUCAUUUUCAA